GCAGAGUGCGGAGCUCGUCGCUGGUAAACACAGCGGCGCGGCUGUGGGGCCCGGGUCUGACAAAGGGGCGGCGGGACCGGGCCGCGCCGAUGCGUGGCGGCCGAGUGGCUCAGACCCGGCGGCGCUGAGGGGCGGGAGGGAGGCGCCCAUGGCGGAGGCAGGGAGCGGCGCGGGGGCGCCGGACAUCGACCCCGACUUCGAGCCGCAGAGCCGGCCGCGUUCCUGUACUUGGCCGCUGCCGCGGCCCGAGGCGGAGGCGGGCGGCGCGGCGGGCCCGGGCGAGGAGACCGCGGGCGGCGCGGCGGCGGCGGGGCCCGGGCGGGCCGAGGGGGCGCGGGCGGCGGCGAGGAAGGGCGGCUCCCGGCGUAACGCCUGGGGCAACCAGUCCUAUGCCGAGCUGAUCAGCCAGGCCAUCGAGAGCGCCCCCGAGAAGCGGCUCACGCUGGCGCAGAUCUACGAGUGGAUGGUCCGCUCCGUCCCCUACUUCAAGGACAAGGGCGACAGCAACAGCUCCGCCGGCUGGAAGAACUCUAUUAGACAUAACCUGUCCCUGCACAGCAAGUUCAUUAAAGUCCAUAAUGAAGCCACAGGGAAGAGCUCGUGGUGGAUGCUCAAUCCUGAGGGUGGUAAAAGUGGAAAAGCACCAAGAAGAAGAGCUGCCUCCAUGGACAACAGCAGCAAACUUGCAAAAGUCAGAGGUAAAGCAUCGAAAAAGAAGCCUUCCCUCCAGUCUGCUCCAGAAUCCACUGCUGACAGUCCUGGCUCCCAAUUCCCUAAGUGGCCUGGGAGCCCGUCCUCGAGAAGCAAUGAGGACUCUGAUGUGUGGAACACCUUCCGGCCUCGAACCAGUUCAAAUGCAAGCACCAUUAGUGCCAGGCUUUCUCCUAUCCUGACAGAGCAGGACGACCUCCAUGAUGAAGAGCUACUUCCUUCUCUAGUGUAUUCCAGUGCAUCCAGUAAUGUUCCACCAACCGUGACUGAGGAGCUUGAGCUCAUUGAUGGGUUAAAUUUGAUGUCUCCCAGCUCAUCUGUGUUACCAACCCAGCAAUCUGCCUCGAGUGGUCAGAUCCAGAGAGAUUCCAGCUUUUCCUUGCGGAGCCCAAAUGCAGCUGGUCAGACCAGUACUUUUGGCAAUUCCCUGUUUAACCCUGUUGAUAUCUCGCUGCAAAGUUCUGUCAGCCAUUUCUCUGCCCCUCAGACCUUGGAGGCUCUUCUGACACCCAGCUCUCCGCCUCCAAGGGAUGUUAUGAUGACUCAGGUGGAUCCAGUUCUCCCGCAGACUGGUAACAGGAUGAACAGCCGAACUCUUCUCCUUCUAGGUGGACGAGCCACCCAGAGUAAGAUGAGCUCGGGCAAUUCACGAGGAAAGCCUACAGAGCAGCAGGCAGAACCAGUUGGUGCCAGUGUUUUGCCAUCAACACUUCCCGGAGUAACAUCUCCUCAAAACCCUGCUGGCAUCACCAGUUUGAAAGCUCCAGUUUCUGCAACAACUGCCCAGUCAAUCCAGCUGGGCAGUCCAUUGCUUCUUUCUUCUGCUAGCCCUGCUCCCUUGGGAUUGAACCAGGACAGGCUGCCGACUGACCUGGACAUUGACAUGUACAUGGAGAACCUUGAAUGUGAUAUGGAUUACAUAAUCAACAGUGAACUCAUGGAUGGAGAAGGACUGGACUUUAAUUUUGAACCCAUUCUGUCUACUCCUAGCUAUCCCAGCACCUCGCAGGCCUCCAACCAUACCUGGGUACCAAGUUAACUUCGGGAGCACAAAAAGUGUCCUUCAGGUUUUGAACAUCGGGUUCUGACUUCACUUCCCACCCCUGGCAGAGAAAAGAAUGGAGCACGUUGGAUUCGGUUUCCUUGCGCACCACGCCUUGGGCAGAAGGGGCUGCCCACCUGAGGAAGAAGGGGCAACCUGCAUCUGGCUGCAGCAGGAAGAGUUUAAAAAUAAUAAUUCUGUUAUGUGCCACGGCUCUUCCUACAAACCUGACCCUGCCUUGGACCAUCUGGAGAAACCCUGGGCUGUACAUGUCCAAAGAGGAGCCCUGGUAAAAACCUUGGCCAGAAGACUCUGUGCUGGGCAAUAGUGUUUUCCCAUGUGAAGAGUUGGGUUUGCUGGAGGAAUCCCUCAAUGGCUGUCUUCUCUCUGCUGUGGCAGAAAGUCUCCCAGUGCCUCGAACUGGCAGAGGGCUGGCUCUGCCCUCACUUGGCUUGUCCUCUGGGGCAAAGUAGUUGGACAUUUUCAUUAAGUCACCAGAUGUGCACUUGGUAGCCCUCAGACUCACAGAGGAAUUAGGAGUUUGUUGGUGGAAGCCCUGUGGGAAAAGGGAUGCG